AGGACUCCCAAUGGUUCACAUCUGGCACGACAGUUUCUGACAGUUUCUAAUGUGGCCACCAGGUGGCUAUAACAUUGUCGAUCCGUAAAAUGAACAAUCUCUGAUACACCAAGGAGCGAAUAUUUUUUUACGAUGGCCGAUAGUUUAGCAAGAGUCUUUACAACUGAAGAUUUUAAUCCAGAAAAGUUUGUGAAGGAGCUCAGUGCACAAUGUGUCGGUGCAGACGAAUUAAGGCAACAACGAUCCAAAAUUCAAGAACUCGCAAACAAUACAUCUGCACAGCUAAAACGUAAUGUUUACCAAAACUAUAUGCAAUUUAUAGAAACUGCCAAAGAAAUCUCGCAUUUGGAAAGUGAAAUGUACCAAUUGUCACAAUUACUAAGUGAACAGCGUUCGUUAUUGAGUACAUUGGGGUCCACUAGGACUACAGGUGUUAUUUUCGAAGACUUAUCGGAAUCUCAAGUGGAAAAUACCAAUGAUUCUAUCUCUAAAGAAGAAGAACAGAAGCAAAAACUUAUGCAACUGUUAGAAAAUGUAGAAGGCGCUAUGAGUUUAGCAGAAACACCUGGGCGUAUAUGCUUACAUGAAGGUUCUUUGCUCGAGUUAGAUUCGUUAGAAGGAACACCAUUAAAAAGAGUUCACGCGUAUUUAUUUAACGAUGUUUUACUGAUUGCCUCUUGGUUAGCAAAUGGCAACAGAAGAGGACCACCCAAGUUUAAAAUGCAAGCAGUUUAUAAUCUUGAAAGUCUAGCUGUUGUUAAUGUUAGAGAUCUUGGAACUGUGAAAUGGGCAUUCAAACUUCUAGUGUUUUCUGAUACAAGAGUAUUCCAGUGUGCAACUGCAAUAAGUAAAAAAGAAUGGCUGGAUAAAUGCGAACAAGCAAAGAAAAUGAAGUUGGCUGAAGACAAUCUGACCGACGAGGCACCACAUAAUGAUAAACGGUUGAAAGAAGAAAAGACAGCACCUUCCCGGUCGAUGUCUCUCGAUUCCAAUACCCUGGGUAUAGACGACGAAGAUUCGGAAUAUCACGAACCUCCGCCAGAGUGGAUGCUAGAAGUUGCAGAAGACCUAGAUUCUUGCAUAGCUCAACGUCACUUUGAAGAAGCUUACAGCCUUUUAGAAAGAGCGAAAUCUUAUUUAAAAGAUGCUGAAACAACGCCACUUUUACUUGAAAUUCAGUCAAAAGUAAACGAUAGAGGACGGUCGUUGGUUGAUGUCUUAACAAAAGAACUUGAAUUAAGCGCGGAAGCAAAGUCGCUCCAAGGUGGCGGUUUAAGAAGCGCGCGUCGUGUAGUAAGACUUUUGAUACAACUGAAUAGAAGCGCUCAAGCAUGUCAUUUGUAUUUGCGACUGUGCAGUGCCGUGCUAAAAGCACGUUUGAAAAGAGUUAAAAGAGAAGGAGCCAUCGCACCUUACGCGAAGCAACUUAGUGCAAUUGCUUUUAGCAACAUUGUGGAAAUUGCAAAAGAAUUUCUGAAAAUUUUUCCACAAUCUACAAAUUGCACAUCUGGUUUGGUCGUCUGGUGCAGUCAAGAAGUGAAACAUUUGACGACGCAUUUGACUAAACAACUUUUUAUCCCGCAAGUGUCCCUGAGUACCUUGGUAGAGUGUAUAGUCUCCGUUCGAAGUCAUUGCGAUCAGUUAACUCAGUUAGGAAUGGAUUUUCGUUAUCAAUUAGACGGCCAACUUAGAUCUCCGUUAGCCAAAGCUAUACAGGAAGCUGGUGAAAAGUACGUCGAUACUGUAAAAGUUCAUAUAGCUGAAGAUACUUGGCGGCCGACUAAUUUAGAAACUAGCAAAAAUGUUCAAAAACUGUUAUCCGAACUGGAUGAUCUUGGAAUAACUGUACCAUCAUCUUAUAUACCAAACGACCGUUGGAUAACGUUGACCGAUAACACAUUAGCUUUCUCGAAAAUUUAUGUCAGUCUCUUAGAGGACUGUCUCAGCGUGGCUACUCCGGAACUUAUGGCUACGAUAGAUGGAGUUCUAGUAUCUGUAAUGCGAACUCAAGUGCAGCAUAUAAUUUUGUCGCUUACAAAUCCGAAAUUAAAGCAGGAGAAACAGGUGGUUCACGACAAUGCAACCUAUGUCCGAGAUGUCAUAAUUAUGCGAGGAUUAGAGCUAUAUAAAUCAGCGACGAAUCAAACCUUCAAAAAAUUGUUAGCCCUCAAAGAACAAAUCGUAUUUGACUCAUUGUCUCCGACAAAGCCAAAACCUGCUCCUAGAACUUCGAUACCAAAGUAUUCGACUACGGAAUACAUUUAACUGCAUCGGAUUAUAUACUUUGUACUGUAUAUAGAGGUGUAUACAAGAAAAUGCAAGAAAAAGUAGAACGUUUCAAUCCGUCUAAUAUGACGGAUGUAUUAUAUUGUACAUAUAAGUCAAUUUUAUCUUUUUUUUAAUCAAUACAUAUACUGAAUUGGGAAAGUAAUAUUUCCUUUCCAUUUCUAUCGCAGGUACACAAAUAAUACUAAUGUCGAACAAAUGAAAACUGCUACAACCAAAAGAAUAUGAACAGCUUUAUAAUAAUGCUCGACAUAUCUUGUACAUAGUCACAUGUCUAACGAAAAAUAUUUAUAAUCUAGAAUUAAAAACAAUAUUGAAUGCUUAUUAAAUAUUAUAACGUGCCUC